UUCCAUCCUAUGGCAGGGAAGGCGUGACACGGUUUGGGAUUAGCGCAUGCGCAGAGAGGUGAGACGCAGAGACCUUCAGCCGGGGACAGUAAACAUGGCCGUGCCACCUACAUACGCAGACCUGGGCAAAGCCGCCCGAGAUGUUUUUAAUAAAGGAUAUGGAUUUGGCCUGGUGAAGCUGGAUCUCAAGACCAAGUCCUCCAGUGGAGUGAUGGAGUUCACAAGCAGCGGCUCAUCCAACACUGACACAGGGAAAGCAUCAGGCAACCUAGAGACAAAAUACAAGAUGAAAGAGGCUGGAGUCACCUUCACCCAGAAAUGGAACACAGACAACACCCUGGGGACUGAAGUGGCCAUUGAAGAUAAGUUGGCAACAGGUUUGAAGCUCUCAGUGGACACUACAUUUGUGCCCAAUACGGGUAAGAAGAGCGCUAAGCUAAAGACCUCCUACAAAAGAGACCAUGCCAACGUGGGCAUUGAUAUAGACCUGGACUUGGCUGGUCCCACCAUAUAUGGCUGGGGGGUGCUUGGCUAUCAGGGCUGGCUGGCUGGCUAUCAGAUGGCAUUCGACACCGCUAAAUCCAGACUGGCACAAAACAACUUUGCAUUGGGCUAUACAGCAGGAGACUUCCAGCUUCAUACAAAUGUCAAUGACGGCACAGAAUUUGGGGGCUCAGUGUACCAGAAGGUUAGUAAGGAUGUGGAGACGUCAGUGAGCCUUGCUUGGAGUGCCGGCAGCAACAACACUCGUUUUGGCAUUGGGGCCAAGUACCAGCUGGACUCGGGCACCACUCUCUCUGCCAAAGUGAACAAUGCCAGCCUGAUAGGUGUGGGUUACACGCAGACUCUGAGACCCGGAGUGAAGCUGACCCUGUCGGCCCUCAUUAAUGGAAAGAACUUUAGCGCUGGUGGCCACAAGGUGGGCCUGGGCUUCGAGUUGGAGGCGUAAUAGGAAACAGCCACAUAGGAAGAUCUCACCAGCCCUCUAUCCCACUUCCCUCCAGAGAUGAGCACAGACAGACGACGUGAGACUUUGGUUGUGGAGCGUAACUAGUGCCAACAUGAGAGAAAGCAGCUCUGCGGGGUUCCAGAGUAUCGUUGUUGCUGCCCAGGGCAACAUGGCUUCUGCAUUCACACAGCACCGCUCUGCUUUCCAGACCUGAUACCAUUCAGCUAUGCAGAGGUCUUUAGAAAUGCCCAGAACUUUCUAAGAACUCUACACUGAUGCUCUAAUCCUUCUAUCAACAUUUCCAUGGUUUUAUUUACCCUUUGCAGCCUUGUCCCUGAGGCCUCCCCCAACGCAGUUGGCAGCUCCUAAAGUCUCUAUCUCUGGCUCUUAUUAUUCUAGCUUCUUCUGUCGCUUUCCUGCUCCCCACCCAGGCUUGUGCUUACCCACAUCCCCACCCUAGUAAUUGUUACAGCCCCGCUAGCACUUACUGUCUGCCCCACUCUUUCACUGACCCAUUUUGGAUCAGAAGGCCUAAUUUACAAAUAGCCUAAUAUGUGCUCACCCCCCCAACAUGGGGCUUGGUUAUUCCUUAGCUAUUCUGUGUCAUUUUUGUUAUAUUGGUCGCUGUCCCAGAGAUGCUGCUGUAUCAAAAUGAGGAAAAAAAAAUCCUAAUGCAUUCCCCCAUUGUUAGAAGUGUUUUCAUUAAAUACAGUUCUUUAAAGGUCAA